GAGCCGCCGCUCCCGCCCGGACAGCAGCGCCGCUUCCCGCCCGCCAGCGCGGAGCCCCUCUGCCGCGGCUGCAGGCGGGGUGCCCGGCCGUGCCGAGCUCCUCUUCCCGGCCGCGGCAGCCCCGACGGGAUGCCGGAGAGCCUCGGGCGAGGGUGGGCAGCGGAUCCCGGGGAGAGGAGCCGGGCACGGCAGGUUUGGUGUUUCCUUUCUGCUCUCACCUCCUUUUCCCUCGGUGACCCGCGCUUGAACCUGCAUCGGGAGGCUGAGACGGGCUGCUGCCGGCGGCUCCUUCCUCCGCGGCCAGCAGAAAUAUAAGCCGUGCCUUUCAAGGUGAGCCAGGGGACAGAGGAGGCUCCUCUGCCGAUGCGCCGGCACAGCUGCGACUCUGCUCAGGGGGUCUCCAGGCUGCCCCAGCACGGGGGACCGUCCGCUCCGGCCGCCCCACGGUCCCGGCCCGGCAUCUCCCGGGUCCGGCCGCUACCUCGCCGUUCCCGGCCGACGGCGGGCGGGCGAAGGAGCUGCGCAGAGCGCACCGCGCCGGGCGGUAGCGCCGCGGGGUAGGUGUCUCCGGACAGCCGGGCCACCGGGUACCGGAGCGGGAAUUUCUGGGAGCAACCGCUGGUCUCUAGCGAGCACCGGUGAUAAAUCCGAGGACGAGGAGGCGGCGGUGGCCGACCACUGGCUGUCAGCUGUCAGCGGCGUCCCACAGCCCACUCGCUGAGCGCAGCGCAGGGUCAGCGAGCCCGGAGCCGCUGCCGCCGCCCCCGACAGCACCUUUCCUUCCCCGGCAGCGGUCUGCGGCGGGUAGGAUGCACUACGCAAAGCAAAUAGUUAAAGAUUUCGGGGGGAGGAGCUAGGCCGCAAUCCGCAAUUAAAGAUGAACUUUGGGUGAACUAAUUUAUCGGACCAAGGUAGGGGUGGGCAGCAACCUGGGAAGGGUAUAAAAGGCGGCCCGCGGCGAGCCCAGCCCGCGCACUCAAGAGCUCCGGGGGGCCGGGCGGCAGUCGCUCCCUAGUCAUGGGCUUCUCCGCCCUAGUUGCCAGCGCCCUGUGCACCUUCCUGCUGCCCUUGCUACUCUUUCUGGCUGCCGUGAAGCUCUGGGACCUGUACUGCGUGAGCAGCCGCGAUCCCAGCUGCCCGCUCCCGCUGCCCCCGGGCACCAUGGGGCUCCCCUUCUUCGGGGAGACGCUGCAGCUGGUGCUGCAGAGGCGGAAAUUCCUGCAGAUGAAACGCAGGAAAUACGGCUUCAUCUAUAAGACUCACCUCUUUGGGCGGCCCACGGUACGGGUGAUGGGCGCCGAGAACGUGCGGCACAUCCUGCUGGGCGAGCACCGGCUCGUCUCCGUGCAGUGGCCCGCCUCGGUGCGGACCAUCCUGGGCUCGGGCUGCCUCUCCAAUCUCCACAACGGGCAGCACAAGCACCGCAAAAAGGUGAUCAUGCGCGCCUUCUCCCGGGACGCCCUGCAGCACUACGUGCCCGUCAUCCAGGAGGAGGUGAGCGCCUGCCUGGAGCGGUGGCUGGGCGCCGCCGGGCCCUGCCUGCUCGUGUACCCCGAGGUGAAGCGCCUCAUGUUUCGCAUUGCCAUGAGAAUCCUGCUGGGCUUCCAGCCCCGCCAGGCCAGCCCCGACGGCGAGCAGCAGCUGGUCGAGGCCUUCGAGGAGAUGAUCCGCAACCUCUUUUCCCUGCCCAUCGAUGUGCCGUUCAGUGGGCUCUAUAGGGGCUUGCGGGCACGCAACAUCAUCCAUGCCAAAAUCGAGGAGAACAUCCGUGCCAAGAUGGCCCGCAAGGAACCUGAGGGUGGCUACAAGGAUGCGCUGCAGCUGCUGAUGGAACACACACAGGGUAACGGGGAGCAGCUCAACAUGCAGGAGCUGAAGGAGUCUGCCACAGAGCUGCUGUUCGGGGGCCAUGAAACCACUGCUAGUGCUGCCACCUCGCUGAUUGCCUUCCUAGGGCUCCACCAUGAAGUCCUGCAGAAAGUGAGGAAAGAACUGCAGGUGAAGGGGUUACUGUGCAGCUCCAACCAAGAGAAGCAGCUGGACAUGGAGGUCUUGGAGCAGCUGAAGUACACAGGCUGUGUCAUCAAAGAGACCCUCAGGCUGAGCCCGCCUGUUCCUGGAGGAUUUCGGAUUGCACUCAAGACCCUUGAGCUAAAUGGUUACCAGAUCCCUAAAGGUUGGAAUGUUAUUUACAGUAUUUGUGAUACACAUGAUGUGGCAGAUCUCUUUACCAACAAGGAAGAAUUUAAUCCAGAUCGCUUCAUGUCUCCAUCUCCAGAGGACUCCUCUAGGUUCAGUUUCAUUCCUUUUGGUGGGGGCUUGAGGAGCUGCGUGGGCAAAGAGUUUGCAAAAGUCCUUCUAAAAAUAUUUACAGUGGAGUUGGCUCGGAGCUGUGACUGGCAGCUGCUGAAUGGACCUCCUACAAUGAAAACAGGCCCCAUAGUGUACCCUGUGGACAAUCUGCCUACCAAAUUCAUAGGUUUCAGCGGCCAAAUUUGAGAGCUCAACACUCACCUCAGACUGGAUUUCUAUAUAGCAUUUAAUAUGUACAUAGCAACUUUUUAUAGUAACAAAGGCCUUUAAAUAUUUAAAACUUGUAAAUGUACUAUAGUUAUUUAUGUCUUCUAAAUAUUUCAAGAGGCUAUGAUAUUUUUUCCCCCCAAGCACUACAAUUAUGGAUCUCUGAUUCAUAAUUAGAUAAUGUUAUUUCUAUAGAAAUAAGUUUUGCCCUAUUUAAAAACAUCAUUGAGAGCAGGCCAGCUAAUCAUUUGAAGACAUUUCAGGAUGGCGUAUGUAUUAAGAAAUACUCAAAAAGCAUUUGAAACAAUGAUAACAAGAUACUCAUCCAAAUUAUCUGAAAUGGUUAUUGUUUGAGAAUGUUUUCAGUAUUAUUUGUGUCUAGAUCAUAUGUUUCAUGUGUGAAUUUUAAGUUUGAUAAUAAAGUUUAUUUUUGAUGAUUCUCUGUA